CUUCCCACCCUUGCCUUACUCCCUUCAAUAGAACCACACUGUCCUUUCUCUCUUUCUCUCUUGGGCUUUAAACCUUUUAACAACUGGGAUAAACAGCAACACCUCAACCAAGAAAAGCUCUCAGAGAAUGCUUCACGAGCACUGCCUUUGAGAAACCAACAAACAGCCAUUUAAAAGGAUCUACUUCAGAAAAACCCCUUCACUCCGCGUUUCACAACUUUCACUGCUCAAAAGAGAAAAAGAAAGAAAAAAUACAUCAUGGAACUUCAGAAACUAACAAACGGUCACCACCCAGACUUCCAACAUCUUGAGGAAGGAGAGUCACCUGAACGAGAGGAAUUUUUACCACACAAAAGUGAUGGAGGAAAACCACCUCAGUUUACAGAUUUUGAAGGAAAGACGUCAUUUGGAAUGUCUGUCUUCAACCUCAGCAAUGCCAUCAUGGGCAGUGGGAUUCUAGGACUGUCUUAUGCCAUGUCCAACACUGGUAUCAUCCUCUUUCUGAUCUUGUUGACCUGCAUUGCUGUCUUGUCGUCAUACUCUGUCCAUCUUCUGCUAAGGAGUGCAGGGGUUGUAGGCAUUCGUGCUUACGAACAACUGGGUAAACGAGCAUUUGGACACCCGGGAAAAAUACUGGCAGCUCUUGUCAUAACAAUGCACAACAUUGGUGCUAUGUCCAGCUACCUCUUCAUUGUGAAGUAUGAAUUACCUCUGGUUAUUCAGGCUUUCCUUGGCCUUCAGCACAGCAGUGGUGAGUGGUUCCUGAAUGGCAACUAUCUGAUCAUCAUUGUGUCCCUUUUCAUCAUCUUGCCCCUUGCCCUGAUGAGACAACUUGGGUACUUGGGUUACACCAGUGGGUUCUCUCUGACAUGUAUGGUUUUCUUCCUGAUCUCAGUCAUCUAUAAGAAGUUCAACAUCCCUUGUCCUUUCGACAAUUUCACCAACCACACUACCGAAAACAUAACUAUUGAUGGUGAAUGUGAAGCCAAAUACUUCACUAUCAACCAGCAGACGGCCUACACGGUUCCCAUCUUGGCCUUCGCUUUCGUAUGCCACCCAGAGGUGCUGCCGAUCUACACCGAGCUGCGCAAUCCCACAAAGAGACGCAUGCAGGCCAUUGCCAACGUGUCCAUCCUGGGGAUGUUUGUCAUGUAUCUGCUCACUGCCAUCUUUGGCUACCUCACCUUUUAUUUAAACACAGAGGCAGAACUUCUACAUACCUACAGCAAGGUGGAUCCUCUGGACACGCUCAUCCUGUGCGUGCGUCUGGCCGUGCUGGUGGCCGUGACUCUGACAGUUCCCGUUGUGCUCUUCCCGAUUCGCAGAGCCCUUCUUCAACUUCUAUUCCCAGAUAAGCCCUUCCACUGGGUGCGUCACAUCUCUAUUGCAUUGUGUCUCCUUUUCGUUGUCAACCUGCUCGUCAUUUUUGUGCCCAACAUUCGUGACAUUUUCGGCAUCAUUGGUGCAACCUCUGCUCCGAGCUUGAUCUUCAUUCUCCCUGGUCUUUUUUAUAUCCGUAUCGUUUCCACCGAGCCAAUGAACUCAAGACCAAAAAUUCAGGCUGCCUGCUUCACUGCUCUGGGCUUCAUCUUUAUGAGCAUGAGCUUGACGUUCAUCACACUGGAUUGGGUCUACGGAGAGAAUCGAAGUGGAGGAGGUCACUGAUCUUCAACCACAAUACUGUAAGGGUCCAAAAAGCCUUCUUAGAGGAACAUCGCCACCCCUCUCCUGAACUCGAGAGAGAGACCAAAACAUCACAUAGGCUGGACCCAACUCACCUCAGAUCUGUUUUCCCACUGAGUAAGGAAAGGACUGAUGUCCUGCCAUCUUUAAAAUAAAAAUGGAUAAAAAUCCUAUGAUGUUUCAUGGUGGAGGAUUUCUGGGGGACACAGAAAUGUCAUGCCAUUUUGAGGCUGUUUCUACAAACAGGCCUCGUAACGAUAAAUGAUGCUUGUGUUGGAGAUGGAAGUCCGCUACAUAGCUUUAAAAUAACGCUAAAAGAUACAGCUCAAGCCAAAAUAAAUGACUGGAGAGGUUUGUUUUGUCUGAUGGAGACCAGAAAACAAUCAAGUUUGUCACAUAUCAUCUGUUCUGUUGUCCCCAUCAAAUGAAAGCCAUAAUCCCAAAGUGCAAUACUAGGGAAAGUAAAACAUAUUUUCCUGCUUCAAUUUGUUCAUCAAAAAAUGUUGCUCAUGAUAAAUUCAACAUCAUCUCAGAACGCCUGCAGACCUAAACUAAAUAUGUCAGCGUCUUAUUUCCGAGAAAGAAAUUUGUGAAAUCGUCUGGAAAAAAUGUAUUUCACCUGAUGUGAUAAUUGUUCCUGACAUAUUCUGUGAUAUAAACUGCACUACAAUUGAAAACAGACAAUCAGCUUUAGACCAUUUCAUGUUUUUUUUUUUCUGCUGGAUAUCAUAUUUUAUGUCAAACAAAUGUGAGGUACGUACAGUUGCAGUAUUUCGUGGUGCAGUGGGGUGAAAUGCCAUCUAUUAUGAGGAACAGAUGAAUAAUUACUAUGGUUAAGGUGCUUAAUUACAUUGCUGUGAUGCAUCUAAUGAUGCAAACAAAGCCUAACCUGUGAAUUCAGUGGUUCAUGCCAUAUUCCCGUUGUUCUGUUACAAUCUAACAACAGUAUAAUGUGUCAUAAAUUAUCCAACCCAUCUCUAAUUUUUUUUUUUUUAAUUCAGUUAUAUAUUUCCAAGGAAUUAAUAAAUAUUUGUAUAGGAAUAAAUUAAAUAGGAAACAGAAGAAUUUUCUCAUACUUUUAGACCUCACUUUGAAAUUUCUACUCAUGCAAAAGUACCACCAAUUACCCAAAACCUUUAAACAACAAAAGGAACAAUGGCUUUGCAUGUCAUUAAAGUACUUCUGGUCCCCUGUAGACUGUGAGACAAUGGAAUGCUUGAAAAUGCAUGCCCACUCACAGUGUCACACCCUUGCUAAUGCCAUUAAAGGAUGGCAAUCCCCCUCCUUUUCAAGUUUCCACUGUCCUGCAAUGCCUAUUUAUUGUUUUAGGGGAAAUACAUUCAUAGUUUCAAAAACUGUGUUUGUUACUUAAUUAGAAAA